CUCACCGUCAGCCUCGCCACAGCCCCAGCCAGCCCAUGCGGCCUGCGGCUUCAUCAGAUCGCCAUCGCCGCCGCUCCACAGCCACAAAGCCGCCGCCUUUCAAGCCCGCCUGCCCUUCCGCGCUUUGGCACCGCCCUGCCGCCGCCGCCGACUCUCCUCCAUGGCCGCCGGCGCGUGGCCGGCGGCCGCGGCGGCGGCCCGCGCGGCGGUGCGCACGCUCGGGCGCCUCGUCCCCCGCACCCACACCCACUCCACCGCGGCCACCACCAACUCCUCCCCCUCCUCCUCGGCGCACACCCUGGACGACUACAACCGCCUGCUGGCGGCCCUGGCGCGGGACGGGGACGGCGAGUCGGCGCUGCGCGUGCUCCGCCGCAUGCGCCAGGGCUCGCCCGCGGCCUGCGCGCCCACGGCCGCCUCCUACGUCUCCGCCAUGUCGGCGCUCGCCAAGGCCGGCCGCGCCGCCGACGCCACGGCGCUCUUCGACGACAUGCUCGCGCACGGCGUGGCGCCCGACCGCCGCGCCUACUCGCUCCUCCUCCACGUCUACUCCACCCACCUCGGCCUCCCCGCCGCCGGCCUCUCCGUGCUGCACUGGAUGUCCGGCCUCGGCGUCCGCCCCAGCGCCGUCGACUACGCCGACCUCAUCUUCUCCUUCUGCCGCGCGGGCCAGCUCCCGGACGCGCUCCAGCUGCUCGACGAAAUGCGCGAGCUCGGGUACCCGCUCCCCCCGCACGUCUACUCGCCGAUACUCCAGGCCCACUGCGACGCUGGCGACAUCCCGGCCGCCGAGGCGCUCAUCGCCUUCAUGCGCGCCUCCGGGGGCCGCUCCGGGUGCAACCCCGACGUCGUCAUCUACAACAUCUACAUCCACGGGCUGUGCAGGGUCGGGGAUUUCCACGCCGUGCAGAGGGUUAUCAACGACAGCGUCUGGAACUGGUGGGUGCCGGACGCGGUGACCUACAGCACCUACGUUGCCGGGCUCUGCCGGGCUGGAUAUAUCGAGGACGCGUUCCGGCAGCUGGACAUCAUGGUCGCCAAGGGGCUACAGCUGACCGUGGUCGGCCUCAACAUACUGCUGGAUUACGCUGCCAAGGAUGUAGAUAUGUGGGUUGCCAAGGAGGUGCUGGAGCGCUGCGAAGAGCUGGGCUUCGAGGUCGACGUCGUGACGUACAACACGGUCAUGGAACAUUUCUCCAAGAAGAUGCAGUGGCUGAUUGCCCUCAGGCUGUUCACCGAUCUGCUCAAGAAGCCCAUAACACCCGAUGUGCAGACGUACAACAUCUUGAUCUCAUCCCUGUGCCGAGCCGGCAAGUUUGAGCUCGCCAAGUUCGUCUUCAGUUGCAACGGGUUUGUGGCGGACACCGUGACCUGUAACAUUCUGAUCCAUCAGUUCUAUGGUGCUGGAAAGGAGGGCGAGCUUGGGUUCUUGUUCUCCGAUGUUGACGCAGGGAAGAUUACCCCAGAUACAAUCACAUACAACACGCUGGUCGAUUGCCUCUUUAGGUCUGGGAGGAGGACCGAGGCUGCCAAUCUGGUCAGGCACAUCGACGGCGGCUACCCUGCGGAGCCCGUAGCACAUCUGGCUUUCUGGUUGGUUAGGAGCGGAAAUGUUCGAGAGGCUUUGAGUCUGUUUGAUGACAUGCUAGUGAAAGGAGUCGCUUUAGAUGCUAUGGUUUUCACCAAUGUGAUCAAGGCAUUCUGCAGAAAGGGUCCAGGGGAGUGCACAGAUGUGACACAGCUGUGCUCUGUGCUGGAUAGGAUGCUUGGGAUUGGAUGAUCCUUAUCUUGCUCUCUUGCUGAUAUUGGUUGGUCUCAUUUUUGAACUUGUCCUUUUGUAUCACUAGGAGAUAGCAACUGAAAUUAAAACACCUGUUCUGGUCAUCUCAUUCGUCAACAGCAGAACUUAGCAAGCCAUAGGAAGUUCCAACAAGGAUGUCCGAAUUUCCAUCACCAUCCAAAUCAACCACAGUUGGAGAUGAAUAUGCAUGGGCACAGAAGUUCCUGUCUCCGAUACUCCAAUCGAGAUGAACAUGAACAUCAGCAUGCAUUGAUUUAUGAAAGAGACAGCCUAGCAUGGGCGGCAGGAGCCACUCAGGCUAGCCAAGAAGACUGCCCAUGAAACCACACCCCAAGGCCAAUUAAGCCUUGAGGGAGGAACAAGACACAGGCAAGUCAUCCUUGGCUAUCAGAGAUAAGGCCCUUGCAGCCAUGCCAAAUGGAGCUCAGGUUCACACUAAAGCAACCAGACCAACAUGUAUCAGGAUUGGGAAUCACAUUCUUCUGCUUAUAGACCAGAUUCAAAUACGAUGAGUUCACUACAUUUUAUACAUCAACUAGCAGAGGAUCCAGAGAAGUGCACAGAUAUGAUUUAACUGUGUGUUCUGUGCUGGAUAGGAUGCUUUGGCUCUGAUGGUUCUCUUUAGCCACUUUAGAUGGCAGUGGCCUCAAUUCUGAACUUGUACUGUUGUAUCAGCAGGAGACGGAAAUCGAUAGUAAAACACCAUUUUGGUCUUCUUUAUGCAGUACAUAUAUCAGCAUAAUAUAAUCUGUCACACAGAAAUGUGUUAUGUUCCUUUCUUCAAAUUUCUCUUUAAUGUCAAAGCAUGCUCUAACUUGGUAUCAA